AUGUUUUUAGCGAACAGAUGUUGUCAUGUCAUUGUCGAUCGACUCAAAUUUGCAUUCGACGCAAACGUGAAGUUUGGCCGGUAUUGGCGGUGAAAAUUUGGUCUAUAAUCUAUAAUUUGGUUUGAAAUAUAACAAAUAUACACAUAACUUAUGUAUUAUGGCAUUUAUUUGAGAGUUCUGUCAUGUAUUGGCACAAAAAUCAAGGGUUUGAGAAUUGAUCUCAAAAUGUGUGACCAUGACGCUGCGCACGUGUCAUACGUGGCAUUUAAAAAUUAAUUCAUGCAUUUUUGUUUUGUAUGAAGCAAGAUAGCACUAUGUAUCAGUAUGCUUACACUGUUUAUAUGCUUCUGGGGGAAUUUUAAAAUUAAUUCAUGCAUUUUUGUUUUGUAUGAAGCAAGAUAGCACUAUGUAUCAGUAUGCUUACACUGUUUAUAUGCUUCUGGGGGAAUUUUAAAGUUAAUUCAUGCAUUUUUGUUUUGUAUGAAGCAAGAUAGCACUAUGUAUCAGUAUGCUUACACUGUUUAUAUGCUUCUGGGGGAAUUUUAAAAUUAAUUCAUGCAUUUUUGUUUCAUAUGAAGUAAGAUAAUACAAUGUAUCCAGUAUGCUUAUACUAUUUACUUUUUUAUAGUGAUGAAGAACUUGCUGAUGAAGAAGAUGAUGACCUUGAAGAAGAUGAUGACUUUGAAGAAGAAGUGACCUUGAAGGAGAUGACGAGGAUCAGGAUUGGGAGGGUAGUGGUGAAGCGGGCCGACCCCCAACUAAGAGACGGGCUGAUUCCCUUAGCAGUACUUCUGGCAAUAGGGGUAGGGCUGGUAGGGGCAGGGCUGGCAGGGCCAGGGGUGGUGAGACUGCCAAUACUAGCAGUAAGUCUUACAAUGACGCGGACACCAUGCAUGACCUCCCUCCCUUUCAACCAAACCGUCCGCCUGGAAUUCAUUUUGAUAGGCAAGUCUUGCGGGGAGCUAUGACAACUGAACUAGAGUUUUUUCGUCUCUUCUUCACCACCGAGAUGAUAACAUCAGUUGUUGCCCACACCAACAGCUAUGCAUACAUGAGACUUAUAGCUGGGGGGUUUACAACUUACACCACUGGUGAGGGGGCUUGGCAAGAAACGACUGAUAAUGAAAUAAAUCAUUUGAUUGCUCUUUUGAUUUAUUUUGGUCUGGUACGUGUGGACUCAGUCGUAGAAAAGUAUUGGAGCACAAAGACCCUUUACCACGGUCUGUGGGCAAGGAAGAUACUUUCCCGUACCCGUUAUAAAGCCCUUAUGGCAUUCUUACAUGUGGUAGAUCCCGCCGACGAGCAGCCUGGCGAUAAACUGCGCAAGGUUGAGGAAUUUCUUGCGGCAUUCAAAGAGAGAUGCCAUGCGUCAUAUCAACCGAGCCAGAAUAUUGCUGUGGAUGAGCGUAUGGUCAAGUCUAAACAUAGGUCGGGCAUUAGGCAAUACAUGAAGAACAGGGCUACAAAGUGCGGGAUAAAGCUCUGGGUUUGGCAGACAGUUCUAAUGGGUAUACUAUUGAUUUCAACGUUUAUAUAGGUAAGUCGGAGCAUGGAGUGCCGUCGGGUAAUGGUCUGGGUUAUGAUGUGGUGAUGAAGUUGGUGGAUCCAUAUUUGGGGCAGGGGUAUCAUGUAUUUUUUGAUAAUUUUUUUACAUCCCCUCAGUUAGUCCAAGAUCUGAUUUUGCAUGCAACCCCAUCAUCAGGUACAUGUAGAACUAACAGGGCGGGUUUCCCCAAGUCCUUGAGGAAUGUGAAGGUGUGGGCAAAGAAGUUGGAGCGAGGAAGCAUGCGAUGGGAGCGGGAAUCAAAUGUGUUAGCCAUCCAAUGGGUUGAUAACAAGGCUGUUUCCUUGCUAACAUCAAUUGAUUCCGCGAAUGAAAAAGCGUUUGCAACGAGAAGAACGAAGGUAGGAGGUGCAUUUGAACGCGUAAAUGUAGACCAGCCCUAUGCAUUUUAUAGAUAUAAUCAGUACAUGAAUGCAGUAGAUAGGUCGGAUCAAAUACUUGCCUGCCAUAAUGUAUCCCGUAAGUGUUAUAGAUGGUGGAAAACUUUAUUCUUCCACUUAGUAGAUAUGGCAGUUGUUAACGGUUUUCUUCUUUUUCAGCAGCAUCGUGCAAGCGACCCGGAUAAUCCGGCUUUACACCGUGGUCUACUCAUACUAUUGUUGAUUUUAGGGAGGAAAUAG